AUGUCUCAAUUUGUCUACAAAGAUCUCUUGCUCGAUCGUCACUCUCUUUCUCUCCAGUUGAAGCAACAGUUUGAUUCUUUGGAGUCCCGUGUCUCAAAUCUCGAAUCAGUAUCUCCCAAGUUUAGGGUUUUUUUGGUAAAGGGGUGUUUGGAUGUGCUUUUGAAAAAGUUGUCUAAUGAAGAGAUUAUUAUCUUUUUGAACAGGGCAGAAACUUUUGACAACCUCACCAAUUCUGUGAAGAUUGCAAUGGUUGGGAAAUAUGUUGGCCUAACAGACUCCUAUUUGUCUGUUGUUAAGUCCCUUCUCCAUGCAUGCAUUGCAUGUUCGUUGAAACCCUCCAUUGAAUGGAUUGCAGCUUCUGAUUUAGAAGAUGAAAGUGCCAGACUGACACCAGAAGCACAUGCAAAGGCCUGGGAGACAUUGAGGAGUGCGGCAUGUGUUUUGGUUCCUGGUGGAUUUGGAGAUCGUGGUGUGAAGGGAAUGAUACACAGAUCAUAUACUACACCCUAA